AUGUUCAUCAUUCGCCAACUCGAACACCUCAUCAGCCGGGAGGCACCAGUUCGCGUGAAAGAGAAAAGAGUUUGUCGUGAAAACAACGCAACAUCUGACCUUGACCGAUUUUAUGCAGUUCAAAUGCUCCUAAUGCACUGCGACCCCGCAUGGAUAUUUUCAUAUCCUUGGACGCGCCGAAUCGAAGGAUCGUGA